AUGACUCAAUUUUCCUACCUCAAGAAGAAGCAAACCCAUUCCACUACAUCAUCCAAAAAUAAACCCACUCAGGCUACUGCCAUUAUAUCUGUGCUUGAAAGACAGCAGAAAUAUGGCAACGACUCCAAGGAAGCGCAGAGACUAAACAAAGCUGUUGCCGAGUACAUCUGCAUGGACCAAGUUCCUGUAUAUACGGUUGAGAAAACUGGAUUCAGAAACCUGGUACAGCAGUUAGACAGAAAGUAUGAUAUGCCUGGGAGAUACUACUUUAUGUAUACAGAAAUACCAACACUCUACAUGGAGAUCAGAAGAGUGGUUGAGGCGCAACUGGUUGAGGUUCCAUUCUUUGCUUGUACUACAGAUCUCUGGACAAGCAGAGCUACAGAUGCAUUUAUAGCCCUCACCAUUCACUUUAUAAUGGAAGAAUGGGAGAUGCAGUCUUGGUGUUUAGGCUGUACGGCUCUGUACACAGAUCAUACUGCUGACAGUUUGCAUGAAGCAUUUGAGGAAUCCUUAACUGAAGACUGGAAACUGGACAUAUCCAAAAUGUCUGGCAUAACAACAGAUAAUGCCUCUAACAACAUCAGAGCGUUUGAGGAAUACAGCUGGGUCCUAUGUUUUGGUCACAAUUUGCACCUGGCAUUAAACAAAGCCCUGGAUAUUGAAAGAGUGGCGGCGUGUCUCUCAAGGUUACGCAAGACCGUCUCUGCGUUCUGCCGAUCAAAUAAAAUUAGCCGAUCACUGAAAGAAAAACAAAAGGGACUUCAGAUACCCGAACACAAGCUUAUUCACGAUGAACCGACCCGGUGGAAUUCCAUUUAUGAUAUGGUGGAGAGGUUCUGUGAACAGCAACAAGCUGUCUGUGCUGUCCUGGCAGAGAACCGGAAAAAAUUGUAUCUUAUGCCAAAGGAUACUGAUGUCACCAUUCUGGAGACAGUCAGAGAUGUGCUAGCACCAAUGAGCGAUUUUACUGAUGUGUUUAGUGGAGAGAAAGAUCCAACCCUGUCUUCUGUUCUUCCUUUGACAUGGAAAAUAUAUGUAUGUGCAUCGGAGGAGGAAUCUGACAGCAUCCUUGCCAGAGAAAUGAAACAAAGGGUCAUAGAUGACAUGAAAAAGAGGCGCCAAAGCAAAAAGUUGCAACUCAUUCUCAACACUGCCACAUAUCUAGAUCCAAGAUUUAAGGACUCAUUUGUGUCUAUUCAAGAUGAAGUAAAAGAAGAGCUUCUACAGAGAGCAUCCAUUCUUCAGCUACCAGCAAGUGGAGGAGCAGAACAGAAAGAUGAAGAACAUGCAGUGGCAGUGGCACAAGUCACUAAGAAAAAGAAAAAAAAAGAUCUCAAAAGCUUGUUGGCCAACAUUAGCUUGCACAAGGCUUCUGCUUCCAACAGCAUGGAUAAAAACUGCCAGAUGGAAGAUACUCAUGCAGAAGUAGAGGCAAUCAUGCUUGGCUUAGCUUUGGCAUGUUGUGGGCCUAACCCUCCCACAGUGUCAGCUUCAUUACUAGAUCCCAAAACAGACACGGACCUGGCUGUUCUUUGGAAGUUCUGGAGUAUGUCGAGCAAAUCAAGUCCGACUAACCAGAAUUCUAGCUAA